GGAGGACCUGGGGGCAGCGAUCGAUGGCGAAAAUGGUCGGGCCUCGAGUUUACAGCUGCAGUCAUUGCGGAAACCAUGUCUGCCUUCAUGACGAUAUCAUAUCGAAGGCUUUCCAGGGGAGAAAUGGGCAUGCAUUUCUGUUUUCUCAUGCCAUGAACAUUGUUAUGGGGCCAAAGGAAGACAGGCAGCUAAUGACAGGACUGCAUACAGUUGCUGAUAUAUACUGCCGUGAUUGUGGUGAGGUGUUGGGAUGGAAGUAUGAAAGAGCUUACGAAGAGACACAGAAGUAUAAGGAAGGGAAGUUCGUAUUUGAGAAGCUAAGAAUCAUCAAGGAGAACUGGUAGUAAGAGUUUAAAUGGAUGAUGUGUUGGUGAAGCUUCUGAUGCGAGUUCCCUGUCUGCAUAAGAUGGUUGUCUCUGCGAUCUGAAUCCUCUGAUAGAGCCAUAUAUUCUUGUGCAUAGAAAUGUCGCCUAAUUGACGAUUGUUGAACUUUAUAUAAAUACCAGACUUGUGGUCUCAACUCCACGCAUUUGCUUAAUAGUGAAACCCGGUGUUUGAAUCGAAUCUUUUUUUUGCUGAUUUUGGAGAUUCAUGGUGUUCAUCUUUAGUAUUUUGUUUGAAGCUAGCAUUUUGACAUGAUCAAAGGGGACUGCUCUUUAGGUCAAUCAAUUCUUUAUUUGCGUCCUCCAUAUGGUGAUUCUCACAUUUGAUGAAUUGAUUUUAUGAUCUUUGUUCUACAUGCUUUAAAUGUGUUGUAGGGGAGAAAUGGGCAUGCAUUUCUGUUUUCUCAUGCCAUGAACAUUGUUAUGGGGCCAAAGGAAGACAGGCAGCUAAUGACAGGACUGCAUACAGUUUCUGAUAUAUACUGCCGUGAUUGUGGUGAGGUGUUGGGAUGGAAGUAUGAAAGAGCUUACGAAGAGACACAGAAGUAUAAGGAAGGGAAGUUCGUAUUUGAGAAGCUAAGAAUCAUCAAGGAGAACUGGUAGUAAGAGUUUAAAUGGAUGAUGUGUUGGUGAAGCUUCUGAUGCGAGUUCCCUGUCUGCAUAAGACGGUUGUCUCUGCGAUCUGAAUCCUCUGAUAGAGCCAUAUAUUCUUGUGCAUAGAAAUGUCGCCUAAUUGACGAUUGUUGAACUUUAUAUAAAUACCAGACUUGUGGUCUCAACUCCACGCAUUUGCUUAAUAGUGAAACCCGGUGUUUGAAUCGAAUCUUUUUUUUGCUGAUUUUGGAGAUUCAUGGUGUUCAUCUUUAGUAUUUUGUUUGAAGCUAGCAUUUUGACAUGAUCAAAGGGGACUGCUCUUUAGGUCAAUCAAUUCUUUAUUUGCGUCCUCCAUAUGGUGAUUCUCACAUUUGAUGAAUUGAUUUUAUGAUCUUUGUUCUACAUGCUUUAAAUGUGUUGUAGGGGAGAAAUGGGCAUGCAUUUCUGUUUUCUCAUGCCAUGAACUUUGUUAUGGGGCCAAAGGAAGACAGGCAGCUAAUGACAGGACUGCAUACAGUUGCUGAUAUAUACUGCCGUGAUUGUGGUGAGGUGUUGGGAUGGAAGUAUGAAAGAGCUUACGAAGAGACACAGAAGUAUAAGGAAGGGAAGUUCGUAUUUGAGAAGCUAAGAAUCAUCAAGGAGAACUGGUAGUAAGAGUUUAAAUGGAUGAUGUGUUGGUGAAGCUUCUGAUGCGAGUUCCCUGUCUGCAUAAGACGGUUGUCUCUGCGAUCUGAAUCCUCUGAUAGAGCCAUAUAUUCUUGUGCAUAGAAAUGUCGCCUAAUUGACGAUUGUUGAACUUUAUAUAAAUACCAGACUUGUGGUCUCAACUCCACGCAUUUGCUUAAUAGUGAAACCCGGUGUUUGAAUCGAA